AUGGCUGCCAAACCAAGCAAUGAAUUGAUGGCUACUGGAGAGGAUGCUGCCUUAACGACGGCCAUGAAAGAGCUAACGCUCGAGGAGGGAAACGGCGGAAACAGCGAUAGCAGCAGCGACGACAGCAUCGUCAGCGUCGGCGACAUGGGAAGCGACAGCGAGUGGCUUGCGUGUAAAUACUUCCCGGAAAAGGAGCCAGAGUGGGAUGUCGAUAGCUUUGAUGGACAAGAACUUAAAAUCCAUCCUCUGGUUCGUAAGACUUACCCAACCCAGGAACUUUAUGACCAAUACUACGACAAGAGGCUCAAGGCUUUCGAGAGUAAGGGUUUUCUUCCAGAUCCUUCGAGAGCAAUCUACGAAGUUUACCUGGAGGGACGAAUGAGGAAUCACAAGACAGCUCGGGAUUUCAUGGCAGAUCUUGCGAAUGUGUGCGUUAAGAAAUUUAACGAGACUAAGGGGAAGACUUUAGAACUGGUAAAUGUGUUGAGAGCUACUGAAACUGGAGGAUCUAAAUGGAAGUUGUACAUCACGUUUAUGGCUCGAGAGUACCAUGAGGGGCCUCUUGUUGAGUACCAAGCCAAGGUAAUCAAAUUCUUAGGAGAUCUCCAACCUCCUUUCCCGAUUCUCUGUAGACCAAGUCCCAAACCGGGUUCACAAAACUAA